AUGCAGCUGGUGUUGCUAGGCUUCCUCUACGCCUUUGGGGCAGCGUGUCUCGUGAACUUCUUCAUGAUGCGCGUGCGCAUCCGGGCCACGGAGAUGUGCACUCAACGUCAGAAGAAGGUCGUUGAGGCUUACCAAAAGCUUUACGGGUCGUUGAGUAGUCCUGCGACGGAGAAGGAAGGCGAGGGGGACGCGCCUGGGCUCGAUGCGUCAGCUGACCCGCUGUCCAUGGAGCCGCUGCGCGUGGUCUUUCUUCACCCCGACCUCGGUAUUGGUGGCGCGGAACGACUGAUCAUCGAUGCUGCUGUUGGACUUCAGAAGCACCAAUCCAUCCGCCUCGUUGAGGUGGUCAUCGUCACGAAUCACCACGACCGCAGUCGAGCCUUCAAGGAGACGACAGACGGCACGGUGCGCAUUGUGGUGUGCGGUAGCAAGCUGCCUGCUAGUAUCUUCGGUCGUGCAAAGGUGCUGUGCGCCACAAUUCGCAUGGGCUUCGCCGCCUUCGCGGUAUGCUGGACUUUCCCGAACAUAGACUGCUUCGUUGUAGAUCAGGUGGCCGCAGCGAUGCCGAUUCUCAACUUUUGCUCCGGUAAGACACCGAUACUCUUCUACAGCCACUUCCCUGAUCAGCUCUGUGACCCGAAUCGCAAUCCCGACGGGACCUUUAAAGGCGCCGUCUUGGGUGCCGGUCCGUGGCACAAGACCUACCGCGGACUCUUCGACCAAGUGGAGGCCUCUUCCAUGAACUUUGCAACGAGCAUCGUGUGCAACUCAAAGUUUUCGCGCCAGGUGUGCAUCGACACGUUCCCAAAGCUGGCCGACAAGAUUAAUGAGGAGACUGAUAUCUUUUACCCGCCAGUGGAGAUGAAGGUGCACGGGGUGUCAGAGAGUGCUCUCUCAGAGUCCGCAGCUUUGCGCGAGCUUAAGGAGGCCGUGAGGGGCUCCGUUACUUUUGUCUCCAUCAACCGCUACGAGCGCAAGAAAAAUAUUGAACUCGCCGUUGAGGCCUUCGCGCUCCUGCUGUCGAUGGACGAGUUCAAGAGCGCAGAGGGCAAGAAGCCGCUGAUGCUGGUCGUCGCCGGCGGCUACGAUCCUCGGUUGGAGGAGAACGUGCAGUACGCCGACGAGCUCGCCGCCCUGGCGACAGCGAAGCUGCGAAUUCCAGCAUCUCAGGUGCGCUACCUGAAGAACAUUAGCGACGAUGAGAAGACCGUACUACUGACUGAGAUGCGAGCACUCGUGUACACGCCCUCUCGUGAGCACUUUGGCAUUGUGCCGGUGGAGGCGAUGGCGCACUCGAAGCCGGUUGUCGCCAUCGCCAAUGGUGGCCCGUGCGAAAGCGUCGGCAACGUGGAGCUGGAGGACCCAUCGCAGUGCGGCGGACUUCUGUCUUCGCCAGAGCCAGCGACGUUUGCGGAGAAGAUGGCACGCUUUGCGCGUGACUCAGUCUACGCAGCUCAGGUCGGUGCACAAGGUCGCGCCCGCGUCCUGGAGAGGUUCAGCAUGAAGACCUUCAGCACACAGCUAGUGAAACGCCUUGUGCGCCUGCGGUGUGAGGCGGACAAGAAAUUGUUGGCUGAGAGCAUCGAGUUUGCCAAGAAGGAGGCCGCCUCCAAGGUCAGCAAACCUUCGCCAAAGGUGAAGACUGCCUAA